AUUAAAUCCAUAUUCAUGGGAACUUAAUAACCAAAAGCACCUUAGAGUAAAUAGAUCACAUAAUUUCAAAUCGAAGUGGCAUGCUUAAAAGUAAGUAAAUCUUUAUAUUUUUAGGUAAAAGGCUAUGUGGAAUUAAACAGAGACAAAAGAACGAAUUAAGCAUUAAUGAAAGAGAAAGCUUUAAAUGAAAUGUUAAGAAGUCCUUCUAGAAUAAUGGUUGAAGAGUACCAGAAGCUCAAACAGUUGGUCCAAGAUGUUCGGUUUAUAGAAACUUGUAACAUUGUUAUUAGGUAUACUAAUGUGAAAUUAACUUAGAUAUUGUGAUAUUGUUAAAGAUUAAUCAAUUAGAAUCUUUAGAUGCGGAGGAGAUCAUUCAAAAAUAUCAGACGUCAUGCCAUAUAUUGAAAGUAUCCUUUUUGCAGCCGACAAUUUAAACUUAGAGUAAGUAAUGGAAUUUAAAGAUCUUAUGAUAUUCUAUUUCGGUCCUGGCUUUAAUGACACAAGCAAAUUAAUGAAUGUUGAUUAAGAAUUGAGGUAACUUUAUAAAAAUCCUUUACCUGAUGCUAAUGAAGUGAAUGAAUUUGCAUUAAAAUUUGCAGAAAAAUAUGGAUUCAGUGAAGAAUAAUUAAAUGCUUCAGGACAUUAAUUUAGCUCUAAAUUUCUCAAACCUGCUUCAGGAGGAAUAUUAUUAGAUUAGUAAGUAUUUGGUUAAUAAUAAUAAUUUAUUCCACCUCCAAAUUAAGGUUUUGGAGUACCUUUUGGAUCUCAUCCAGAACCUUUUUCAUAACCAGGUACUUAUUAAGGAUAAACUGAUUUUGGAAUGUAAGGAGGUUUUGUAUAACCAUAAGGAGGAUUGGGUAAUUAUCCUUAAGGAGGAUUUAGUAAUUAACCAUAAGGAGGAGGAUUUGGUAAUUAACCUCAAGGAGGAUUUGGUAAUUAACCUUAAGGAGGAUUUGGAUAACCACAAGGAGGAUUUACUAAUCAACCUUAAGGAGGUUUUGGUAAUCAACCCUAAGGAUUUGGAUAGCCAUAAGGGGGUUUUGGUAAUUAAUCUUAAGGAGGUUUUGGAACAUAAGGAGGUUUUGGAACAUAAGGAGGUUUUGGUAAUUAAUCUUAAGGAGGUUUAGGAUCUUAACCUUAAGGUUUCCCAAAUAAUUUUGCUAAUUAACCUCCUCCAUAAACUGGUUUAUAUAAUUAACCUAAUAAUUAAUUAUAUGGUAAUCAACCUCCAGCAGGAUUUGGUUAAACGAAUGGUUCUUCAAAUCCAUAUGCAGGUCUUAAUUCAGGUAUUUUUAAUUUAUUUCAAUAUAAAGGUCCUUAAAUUAUGGCUAGUUAAAAUAUGAAAACUCCUUAGUCAUUCUAAACUCCUUAAUAGCCAUAGAUCUAGCCAGUAAUACUACCAUAAUAGCCUAUUGGUCAAUAAACAAAUAAUAAUAAUAAUAAUACAAAUGUAUAAACUCUUGAUGAGUUGGAAGCAAGAUUUAGAAAACUUGAUAAAGGCUUAUGAUCCAA